GUGCCUUCGCGUGUGUGUGUUUGUGCGAUCGUGUGAAGAGAUGUGAGCCUGUGCCUGCCACUUCUUGUCGCACGUCGAAGUAACGAAGAAGCAGCGCUAUCGUUUAAUCAUAAGAUACAAUCCCGCGGCCUGCGAAUGUUGGGCUUUGGCAAGAAACCGGGACCACCGGUUCCGCCGCGGCCGAGUGCGGCCACGGUCGCCACGGCUUUAGCGCGGCACCGUGAAAACUCGCCUUCUCCAACCGCCGGGUUCACGGUGCGUGGCAGCAACGUAAGUCUCGCGUCGGGCUUGGGCACCCUGAAACCACCGCACCCGGGCCGGACCGUCGUGUACAAGUCACCGGAUUUGGAGCAACCGAACCGAACGACGGUACUCCAGGCGUCCCCGAGGGCAGCUUCGAGGCGUGAGAUCUCGAUCUAUCACGAGCUGCUGGGUGGUGCCGCGGAGUUGAGGCCGGCCGGUGGCAGUCCCCAACAAAGUCCGACACCACUGGAGCGCGGUAAACCUCUGUCACCGGGCAACGGUGGAGUAAUGUACCGGUCCACGUGCAGCAUCGUGGAGAUCAACAGCCCGGCAAGUUCGGUGUCCAGUUCGGCGUCGUCCUCACCGGUAGCGACACUGCAGAAGCCUCCGCUGCAGGACCUUCAAUCGUUCGCGGGAGGACGUGGCUCCGUCCGCGGCUUGGAACCACCCGUGGUCCCGGUGGCACGCCGACGUAUGCGAGGCGCUGAAGGCGGUGAUCUGGCAUCCGAAGUGAUCAUCAUAAACACGGGCGGCAACAGCAUCCCGAACGGUGGAACCGGAAGAAAAGACUUUGCGAUCGGUGGCGGCGGAGGUCGCGGCGUCGAGUGCGACAGUGGCACCGAGCGGGGCGACAGCUCGGGAUCGUCGGCCAGCGCCGGCAGCACGCUGGAGCGGGAGAACAAUCUGCGCAAUCUCGAGAGCGCCAAGAGCAGCAGCCAUUUCACCGAAAUCAUAAUCGGCUCGAACCAAACCAGCACGGUGGUGAGGAGCGGCAGCAAGCCGAAUAUUGCGGCACGCACCGAAGGCACAGGGGCGCCGAAGAGUACUGUGAUACGAUCGAGCUCGAUCCGGCUACCGUUGUCGUCCUAUCACCGCCCGGAGCCGGAGGGUGGUGAGCACGUACAACCGUCUCCGGACGACAAGCAGCUGGCAUCCGGCGUGGCAUCGGCACCUUCGAAGCCGCCACUCGCCACCACCAACCUGUCCAAGUCGAAAUCUUCAACGAGGGCCGCCCUUGACCCGGCCACGCUGGACUCGAAGCUGAGCGAGCAGAAGUUUGCCUUCCACGAGCUACUGAUCUCGGAACUGACCGCCAUGCGCGAGAAGCAGCAACAGCAGCGCCAAGCCGUGCCACCGGACGAACCCCCACCGCCAGUGCCACGGCAACCGGAGUCGGAGCUGGAGCUCCUGGACCUGGAGAAGGUGAACCGGCGCCAGCGCUGCCCAUCGGAGCGCCGAUCGUCGUGCAGCGAGGCGUCGGAAACGUCACCCAGUGGGACGGCGGUGCGGUUGCCCAAAAUCCGCACGUCCGACUGGAUCGAGGUGGGCGAUAAUGGCAAGCAGGUGCUCCUGUCGAGCUGUCAGAUCAGCCUGGAAGACUCGGGCAUGGAGGACGAGGAAAAGCUGGAUGAUGCCUCGUCCGGCGUCGGCGAUUCGUGGGACAGCGUGAAGGAAGAUGUAGAAUCACGCAUCAUAAUGUCGCUCCCCGGACUGCCACCGUUGCCGAAGAGCCUGAGCGGCUUUGAUCUCGCCGGCACUCAGCUCCAGCCACACCACCACCAUUCCCAUCACCACCACCACCACCAGCAGCAGCAGCAGCAACAGUCCCAGCAUUCCCACUACGGUCAUCAUCUUCACCAGCAGCAGCAUUCGACCCCAAUUCACCAGUCGCACCAUCAGCAGCAGCAGCAGUCCUUCCACGGGACCGGCGGAUUGUCCUCGCAUCCACCGUCCAACCAUCUACCGUCCUCCCAGUCUCCGGUUACGCUCAACCACCAUCACACGAAUCCGUUCAUCCCGAUCGGCGGUUCCGCCGGCGGGUUACUGCACGGUGGCGGCAGCAUCGACCCGCAGCGUGGCCACUCGCCGGUCGGCAGCAGUCUGUCGUCGUCCGGCAGUGGCCGAAAGACUUCACCGCAACCAGCGGCGGCCAGCGUUCCGACGACGACCUUGGAUACGCAGCUGGCUAUCCUGCGACGAGAAAUGUACGGCCUUCGGCAGUUGGAUCUGUCCUUGCUGUCGCAGCUGUGGGCCCUGAACGAAUCCAUCCAAGAGUUCCGCACGAUACUGCAGGAGCAGGAAACACUUUCGCCUCCCUCGCCAACGCCUUCCAACUCGGACGCCAACUCCGUGUCGUCGGACGACGAUGUGGACGAGGACGAGUCGUCCGCCACCACCAACAGUACCAACAACGUCAACCAACAGCAGCAGCAACAGCAGCAGCUCCACCAGCAGCAGCUUCGUCUAUUGUCCGCCCAUCACCCGCUCCAAUCGUCCACCACCAGCAUCGUCAGCAGUGUCGGGAGUGGCGCUGGUGGCGGUGGCAAUGGCCUGACGCAGAACGAAUCGGGUGGCUCCAACAGCACUACGCUCUCGUCGUCCGCUUCGUCACGCAUGCGGGCACCACCACCGCCGCCACCGAACAGGAAAGCUCCCUCGAGGCCCGUUUAA